AUGGCUCCAGGUAAGAAAGUUGCUCCAGCUCCAUUUGCUGCUAAAUCUGCUAAAUCAAACAAGACUAAGAAUCCAUUAACAAAUUCUACUCCAAAGAAUUUUGGUAUUGGUCAAGCUAUUCAACCAAAGAGAAAUUUGUCCAGAUACGUUAAAUGGCCUGAAUAUGUCAGAUUACAAAGACAAAAAAAAAUCUUGUCCGUUAGAUUAAAGGUUCCACCAGCAGUUGCUCAGUUUCAAUUUACUUUGGAUAGAAACACUGCUUCUGAAACUUUUAAAUUAUUCAACAAGUACAGACCAGAAACUACUGCUGAAAAGAAGGAAAGAUUGACCAAGGAAGCCGCUGCUAUUGCUGAAGGUAAGACCAAACAAGAAGCUUCUCCAAAACCAUACGCUGUUAAGUUUGGUUUGAACCAUGUUGUUUCUUUGAUCGAAAAUAAGAAGGCUAAAUUGGUCUUGAUCGCUAAUGAUGUUGACCCAAUUGAAUUGGUUGUAUUCUUACCAGCUUUGUGUAAGAAGAUGGGUGUCCCAUACGCCAUUGUCAAGGGUAAGGCUAGAUUAGGUACUUUGGUUCACCAAAAGACCUCUGCUGUAGCAGCCCUAAGUGAAGUUAGACCUGAAGAUGAAGCCGAAUUAGCCAAGCUAAUAACUUCCAUCAACGCUAACUUUGCUGAUAAAUUUGAAGAUGUUAAGAAACAUUGGGGUGGUGGUUUAGUUGGUGCUAAAGCUCAAGCAAAAUUGGACAAGAGAGCCAAAUCUGCUUCUGUUUAA